AUGGCUGGAACACAAAGAGCAAGGCAAGAAGAACAUGGCUCAAGCCAUGACUGGAUAGAAAGUGGGGUGUUCUACGUUGGGCAACAUAAACACGCAUUUCCUCCUUCCACGGAUGCACAUUUCCCUGAGAGCACCGCACCUGAGGAUGCUGCCCUGUCCCCAGACUCUGGGGCUACAAACUCGAAGGAGUCACGACCUGCGCUCCCAGCAGAACCACAUGGUCACUUCAAUGAGAACGAUUCUCUGGCCCCAGGCGCCACGCUUCAGCCCACCGCCUCUCCGGAAGGGGCAGAGGAGAGCGCUGCUGAGAAGCGGCGAGGAGGAGCGACUGACAACAGAGCUGACACUUCCCCUCUCCUCCCCGAGCCAUUUCCAGAAAGGGGCACUUGGGAGACGCAGGGGAUGUCCGCGGUCCCACCGGCGGCCGACCUGAGAGCGGGACCCGGCGAACCCGUCCCCCCCAGACAUGGCGCGGUCACCUGGCCCCUCCUGCGGGGCCAGAGCGGAGCUCGCGGCCCCUACCCCGCGCCCCGGAGCGCAGAGCCAGCUCCCGGCCGCCGCACGCAGUGUAAACACUCGGCGCCCGCCGCCUCCCCGCAGACCCCCGUUUCUGCGCCGCUUGUCACGCGCGGGAGGAAAGGCGAGCCGGGCGGAGGGAGGGCAGACGCGGCGGCCGGCCGCCGACAGCGCCGGCAGCGUGCGCGCGCCGGGGACGGCACCCCGGCGCCCCCGGCUCCCGCUCCCGCCCCGCGCCCGCUUACCUGCCGGGGUCGCUCCGAAGACUCGCACCACCGGCACCUUCUUGACAGGGGCCUGGAACAUGUUCGCCGCCGCCGCCACCGCCUCCUCUUCACUAGCGACCUGGCAGCGGCAGCAGCGGCGGCGGCGGCUCCUUCCGCAGCGGCAGCCCCACAGCAACGGCGGCGGCGGCGCCCCCUCCCCUCCUCGGCGCGGCCCCCUCCCCUCACACACACACACACACACCGCGAGCCGCGGCGGCGGCGGGCGGGGUUGGCACUGCUGCCGCCGCCUCCUCAGGAGCACCCGGCGAGGGGCAACAGGAGAGACGCCGUCGCGCUUUCGUCGGUGCUGGUGCUGCCGCCACCGCCGGGAAUCACACGGGCUCCUCGGUCCCAGGCUGCAGCUCUUGUUGCCAUGAUGAUGAUGUCACGGACGCAACCACUGGGGGAGGGGAGGCCGGGCUUGUGUGUGGCGAAGGGAGGGCUGCGAGUAGUUGGGGGAGGGGACGCGGCGGGAAAGGGAGGGAGCGGGGCGCGCGCCCGAGCGGGACACCCAGGCGGGGCCGGGUGUUUUCUUUCCCGCCCCCGGGCACGCGGCGGGGGAGGAGGCUGGCGGAAGGCUGGGCCGGCGCCCGCGCCGGGGAUCGAUGACUCGGCCGCUGGGCACGGCCACCUGGGUCAGGGGCAGCGGAGGGGGCGGCGGAGCGCCGAUGCCACGGAUGGGUUUGGAGGGGCUUGCAGGAGGCGGGCACCCGUGUUCAGGGCCGUUUCGGAGGCUAAGCGGGACCAGCCGGAGCUGCGGUGCUCGCGCUCGCCUUGCCGACCGCCAUUUCGCAUCCUGCAGAGGAGGCGGGGGCCGCCGCGGAGACGGCUUUUUACAAGUGACCCAGAAGCAUCCAGAGUGAGCUGCACAUUGGACCACUCCUGGAAUAGAUUCAUCACUUGUGUUUUUUGGCUUGGAUAUCACUGUUCUGUGCCACCUGUGGAAAAUGGGAGACAAAUUAUAUCCCUUAUGAUUGCAGUUGUUAGGGAAUUACCGCUCAGCUGGGAGCUCUGUUCUGUGCAACUUCACUCUGGGACCGAGGCUGCCUGGAGAACCACCAUCUGGAGUAUGGCUAGUCUCCGUGAGAGAGAGGAAGAUAGAGUGGUGAAUUUCUCACUGGCUUUUAAAGCUUACACCUGAAAGUGAUACAUGGCACUUCUACUCAGAUGUCACUAGGCAAAGCAAGUCACGUGGCUGUACCCAACUUCAAAAGGCGAAGAAGUGCAAUCAUACCCUGUGUUUGGGAAAAUCGGACACACUUGGUGGGCAGAACUGUCCCAGAUGAUGACAGUUGCUAUGAAGAAACAAAGCCAGUUUUUCUACAGCUAUGAAGUGGACGUGCCAUACGACAUGCUCUUCAGCGGGUCCGGAAACAAAAGUGUUUUCUGAAGCACUGGCUCGAGUGUUGUGUAAGCUCCUGCCAGCGUCUGUGGGCCCACGGCUGACGGGAGGGCAAAGAGACAGGCGAGUGAGCCACCUAGUAAGAGGACCAAAUUCUGUCCCCUUUCUCCUGCUAUGCAGUUCGCUUCCACUGCCUGCACUCCAGGGCUUUUCCAUAUGAUGUCCAUGCAGCUGUAACCGUGGCACGGCCUGUGCCCCAACCCCUGACAAGGGAGGCACUUGGAUCGAAGUAGAAAAGCCCUGUUUUCUAGCCAUGACCUAGAGGAGAAGUCUCUGACCCCCGAGGGGGACAGAUGACCUGACAGCCAGGACCCCACGAGCCCUGGACAGUCUUGGGCACAUCAGCACCGAGGCUGAGCUCAGAAAGGCUGGGAGCAGCUGAGGCCUCUUAGGCCAGGAGGACAAGAGCCAUGUCUACCUCACCCCGGAAAAUCCCUGGGGGAACCCAAAGGAGUUCAGAGCCCCUUUCUGAGGCUCACACUUCAGGAGCCCAGGCCCCACACCUAGAGUUCUGAGAUGGGGCCAGGGCUCCUGUAUAUUUUGGUUUCAGUCCCAUAGGUGACUGGGUUCUCUCAUCCUUUGCCAAGGGCAGUGUAACCUGUACAAUUGGGCAAUAACUGCCAGAAUUUAAAAAGCGUAUUCCCUUUGCAAUUACUUUCACUAGUAAUUUCGCUUCUAAGAAUUUCCUCUACAGAGAUGCAUGCGUCUUGCAUGAAAUGAAGAGGCUAUAAAGAUAGACCAUGCAGCCAUGUUAUAACAGCAAAGACUAGAAGCAACCCACUUGUGCAAAAAAAUUCUGAUUUUUAAAACUGUGGUCCAGCUGUGCAACGAGGACUCUGCAUCUUUUAAAAAAGACUGAGGAAGUGCCGUGUGAACUGAUGUGGAACUAUCUCCAAGACUUGUGGUUAAGUUAAAAAAAAGUAGAGAGCAGAACAGUGUGUAGCGUCUGCUGCCCUUUGGACGAUCUAAGGUCGUCUAUGCACAUGCCAUCUCAUCAGAAAUUCAGAACAGCGGUUGCCUCUGGGAAGGGAACUGGGUGACUGGAACGGGGGCAGGAGGGAGCAUUUUAUACCUUUUAAAUUUUGUACCAACUGCCCAUAUAUCUACCUAAAAGAUAAAAGGAAAGAAAAGAA